CCCAGGGGCGGUCUCUGGCCUCGCUCGUUGUAGCCGCCCCGCUCCUGUCCUCGCUCCGCAGAGGCUGAGCCAGGUGGCGGCGGGCAGGAGGCGCCAAGGAUGCACGGCUGGCUGCUGCUGUUGCUGUGGGCGCUGCUCCCCGGGGCGGCAACGGGGGGCUCGGGCCGCUCCUACCCGCACCGCGCGCUCCUCGACGCGGAGGGCAAGUACUGGCUGGGCUGGGGCCAGCGGGGCAGCAGGCUCGCCGUGCGCCUUGAGGUGCGCACCGCCGGCUACGUGGGUUUCGGCUUCUCGCCCACCGGGACCAUGGCCGCCGCAGACAUCGUCGUGGCCGGGGUGGCCCACGGGCGGCCCUACCUCCAGGACUUUUUUACCAAUGCAAAUAAAGAGUUGAAAAAAGAUACACAGCAAGAUUACCACCUAGAAUAUGCCAUGGAAAAUAGCACACACACAAUAAUUGAAUUUACCAGAGAAUUGCAUACAUGUGACAUAAAUGACAAGCAAAUAACGGACAGCACUGUGAGAGUGAUCUGGGCCUACCACCAGGAAGAUGCUGGAGAGGCUGGUCCCAAGUACCACGACUCCAACCGGGGCACCAAGAGUCUGCGGUUAUUGAAUCCUGAGAAAACCAGUGUGUUGUCCACAGCCUUACCAUACUUUGACCUGGUAAACCAGGACGUCCCCAUCCCAAACAAAGGUACAACAUAUUGGUGCCAAAUGUUUAAGAUUCCUGUGUUCCAGGAAAAGCAUCACGUAAUAAAGGUUGAGCCAGUGAUACAAAGAGGCCAUGAGAACAUGGUCCACCACAUCCUCCUCUAUCAGUGCAGUAGCAACUUUAAUGACAGUGUUCUGGACUAUGGCCACGAGUGCUACCACCCAAACAUGCCUGAUGCCUUCCUUACCUGUGAGACGGUGAUAUUUGCCUGGGCCAUUGGAGGAGAGGGAUUUUCUUAUCCACCUCAUGUUGGGUUAUCCCUUGGCACUCCAUUAGAUCCUCAUUACGUGCUUCUAGAAGUCCAUUAUGAUAAUCCAACGCAUAAGAAAGGCUUAAUAGAUAGUUCUGGACUGAGGUUAUUUCAUACGAUGGAUAUAAGGAAGUACGAUGCUGGGGUGAUUGAGGCUGGCCUCUGGGUGAGCCUCUUCCAUACCAUCCCUCCAGGGAUGCCUGAGUUCCGCUCUGAGGGUCACUGCACUCUGGAAUGCCUAGAGGAGGCUCUGGAAGCCGAAAAGCCAAGUGGAAUUCAUGUCUUUGCUGUUCUUCUCCAUGCUCACCUGGCUGGCAGAGGCAUCAGGCUGCGACAUUUUCGCAAGGGGGAGGAAAUGGAAUCACUUGCUUAUGAUGAUGACUUUGACUUUAAUUUCCAGGAGUUUCAGUAUCUAAAGGAAGAGCAGGCAAUCUUACCAGGAGAUAACUUAAUUACUGAGUGUCGCUACAACACAAAGGAUAGAGUCGGGAUGACUUGGGGAGGACUAAGCACCAGGAACGAAAUGUGUCUCUCAUACCUUCUUUAUUACCCAAGAAUUAACCUUACCCGAUGUGCCAGUAUUCCAGACAUCAUGGAACAACUGCAAUUCAUUGGUGUCAAGGAGAUCUACAGGCCAGUCACGACAUGGCCUUUCAUUAUCAAAAGCCCCAAGCAGUAUAAAAACCUUUCUUUCAUGGAUGCAAUGAAUAAGUUUAAAUGGACUAAGAAGGAAGGUCUGUCCUUCAACAAGCUUGUCCUCAGUCUGCCAGUGAACGUGAGAUGCUCCAAGACAGACAAUGCAGAGUGGUCGAUUCAGGGAAUGACAGCAUUACCUCCGGAUAUAGAAAGACCGUAUAAAGCAGAACCUUUGCUGUGUGGAGUAUCAUCUUCCUCUCCUCUGCACAGAAACUUCUCUCUCAAGUUGCUCAUGUGGUUUAUGAUGCUUGGCAGCACGCUGAGCACCGGUAACUGCACGAGGAAGGACUUGAAUGGGACUACGAACAGUGACGAGAAUGCACUCUAUAAGCAAGGAAAAAUGGGAGAAUUGUUUCCUGGGAUCUCUUUGCAUCUGUCACUGGCUCCCUGUGAAGGACUUCCCAAGCCAGAUAAGGAUAAUUUGCCACUGCACUUGCUUGAAGCCACUUACCAAUCUUGCUAG